UUUUCCUACCCACGACGCGUACCUUUCAAGUUUCAUCAUCCUGUUCCUCGAGCGAGAGACGGCCGCCUAAGAAGAUCUCUCAUCCUCGUUUCACUUUGAUCCCAAGCAACAUCAUCUUUAAGAGGUUAGAUUCUUUCCCCUGUUGGGCGAUCGAGAUCGGCGAAUCGGUAAUUCUUGGGUUCGGAUCUGUUGCAAACUUGCUGACGAGAGCCGGCGGAUUAUGGUUUUCGUCGGUUGCUAGAGAGCAGAGGAGAAAUCGAUUGCUCAGAUGCCGGAGGAGGAUUUGGUCGACGUGAAAUUCAGGCUCUACGAUGGGUCCGACCUCGGCCCCUUCCGCUACUCGGCGGCUUCGACGGUCGACAUGCUCAAGCAGCGAAUUGUGUCGGAUUGGCCCAAAGGCAAGGAAAUAACUCCAAAGGCAAUCAAUGAAGUUAAGCUGAUAAGCUCUGGUAAAGUGUUAGAUAAUAGCAGGACUGUUGCUCAGUGUAAAAUGCCAUUUGGUGAUGCGGCUGGAGGUGCCAUCAUAAUGCAUGUGGUUGUACAGCAGUCAUUAGCAAAAACCAAAACAGAAAAGAAGAUUGACAAAACUCCCAAGAAAAUUGUGUGCUCGUGUUCUAUCCUUUGAAAGCCAGAACUGGGAUGAUGUACAGUGAUGUGGGAAUAUUGUUGAUGUUCAUCUUGGUAUCUGUUGAUUUACAGAAACUGUGCUGCAUGCAUGACCAGAUCUUAUUGUUGUUGUUGUUUUUGUAUCAAAUGUAAGGCCUUCCAAUUUUCUCUCAACGAGUAAUGCGGAGCUAAAUAGUUACUUGUAUAUGCAGACGAUCGAUUGUGUAUAGUGUACCCAAGAAAGUUUGUGAUUCCGAAACUCGGAUAAUUUUAUACAAUAUCCAGUGUCUGGGUAAGUCAUGUUUGUCCGUUGUCAUUAGGACUGACAGGAGUGGAAGAAGCAGGUCAGUACAAGUACUCUGUGUUCAUGGCCAAAAUAUCACCAUGGAUUCCAAAAUUGAAGCGAGGAAGCGGGCAAGAUUAUUGUAUGUUGGUCGAUGUAGAUCUUUGUUCAUUCUCUCUUUGGUGUGGUUUUUAACGCGUCAUUGGUAUUGUUUCUUGCGUUGGUCGUUGUUGUUUGGUUUGUUGCCUUCCCCUUAAAAACAUUUCACCU